AUGUCAUCGAUUCAACAAAAAUCAAUGAAUGCCGUCGAUUUGACGCAGAAAACCUUUUUCCUAAUGAGUGGUGCAUCGCGUGGCAUUGGACGAACGAUGGCCAUUGAAUGUGCUGCAAAAAUGGCAACGGGUUCUGUUAUCGUGUUGAUAGCACGAUCCACUGCGGGCCUCGAAGAAACUAAAGCCCAAAUUCUCGCUAAAAAUCCAUCAAAUGUAACGGUGUUUCUGUUGACACUCGAUCUGACACGUCCAUCGGCCGACCAAAUUAGUUCCGCCAUUUUCGAUGCCACACUCAGCGAACGCAAUCUCGACGAAUUUAAAUUAGCAAUGAUUGUACAUAACGUGGGUAGCAUUGGUGAUGUCAAGCGAUAUGCUAAAGAUUUUAGUGAUAUUGAUGAAUUACAUGACUAUUAUGCGGUGAAUGUGUUUUCUGUGGUUGCACUCAAUUCGGAAUUCAUGAAGCGAUUCGACGUGCAAACGCGACGGUUGAUUGUCAACAUUACAUCAAAAUGUAGCCUUGUUCCAUUCAAAAGCCUAACCAUGUACUGUUCUGGCAAGGCAGCACGUGAAAUGUACUUCCGAACAUUGGCAUUGGAAGAGGCCGAACGUGAUCCAACAUUGACUGUACUUAAUUAUGCACCCGGGCCCGUUCAAACCGAAAUGACACACGAAAUAGAAAACAAUGCGGUGGCAUUCGAUGUGCGGGCCAUUUUCAAGGGAUUGCGCGAGGAAAGGACAAUUCUACAACCGAUCGAAACAACGAUCAAAUUUCUAAAAGUCAUUGAAACGGGUGAUUAUGUUUCUGGAGCGCACAUCGAUUACUAUGACAAUUGACAAUAAAAUGAAACGGAACGAAAAACGCUUUUAAUGAAGAAAAAAAAAACGAUGUUCUUGGCCAAUAGAAUAUAGAUAAGCUUAUUACAGGAAUUCGUUUUGAUCGAAUUUACUUAGUAUUGUUCGAGUUUAAAAAAAAUUGUGUCUUCUCUCUCCAUUCCACUGAGCUAUUUUUUGUUUCAAGCCUUGUUUGUCCAAGCCGCACUUUGUUAAUUUAGAUUCCAAAUGUAACAUUUCCCGCCCACUUUUAUACAUAUAUGAUAUUCGAAGAGUAUUGAGAAAAUAUAUAGAUAUUUUUGUUAUCGAGCAUACAAGAAAA